CUACAGCUGAACUUGGAAGUAAACUGAUCUCUGGUCUGUUGGGAACUGCUUGUCUUCCUCAGUUUUCCAAAAACCAGGGCGCGCUCGCCGUCUUUCCUUACAGCCUGAGAUGAGCAGGUACAAUGAAGACUGACAGCAGGGAGUGAGUGAUAAGGCGCAGAUCAAGCGCUGAUGUUGGUCCAGCCCUUCUUUUCUCAUCGUGCUCUUCCUCCUCUGCAGCAUCAGCAUCAGCAGGAUACCAGCGGGAUCGCACGAUGGUGGCAGCGCACACCUCGUCACGUUCGUCGGAAUCAGCCGAGUGGAUUAUUUGUCUGGACAAGAGACCAGCCGAGCGCUCAGGUGAAGAUGUUGACAUAAUUCUGGCACGUCUGAAAAGUGUAAAGGUCUUUGAGAGAUUCCACCCCAGUUUGCUGCAGCAGAUCUGUUUGUGUGGAUUCUACGAGUGCCUGGAGAAAGGCGUCACUUUGUAUCGCCAAGGAGACAUUGGCACUAGCUGGUAUGCUGUGCUCUCAGGUUCACUGGAUGUGAAAGUGUCCGAGACAUCAAGUUAUCAGGAUGCUGUUACUAUCUGCACAUUGGGGACUGGUACAGCGUUUGGGGAGUCGAUCUUGGAUAACACCCCUAGACAUGCUACCAUUGUCACUCGGGAAUUCAGCGAACUCCUACGCAUUGAACAGCGGGAGUUUAAGUCUCUGUGGGAGAAAUAUCAUCAUUGCAUGGCUGGACUACUUGCCCCACCCUAUGGUGUGAUGGAAAGCAGUUGUGGCUCAGACAGAAUGCCGGACAAAGAGAACAUAAGCAGCAACAAGUUAGUUUCUGUCUCAAAACAUCCAAAUAAGAAGUCUUUCAUUGAAAGUCCCUCCCACCCUAAAUGCAUGUCCCAGGUGCCAUCUGAGAAAAUCCUCCGUGCAGGGAGGAUUCUCCGUAAUGCCAUCCUCUCCAGGGCACCCCACAUGAUCAGAGACAGGAAGUACCAUCUGAAGACAUACAGACAGUGCUGUGUGGGGACAGAACUGGUCGACUGGCAAAUGCAGCAGAGUUCAUGCGUCCACUCCCGCACCCAGGCUGUGGGUAUGUGGCAGGUGCUGCUGGAGGAAGGUGUUCUCAACCAUGUGGAGCAGGAGAUGAGUUUCCAGGACAAGUACCUCUUUUACCGCUUCCUGGAUGAUGAGCAGGAGGAUGUUCCUGUACCCAACGAGGAUGAGAGGAGGGAGAGCCAAGAGGAGCUGCAGGACACUUUGCUCCUCCUCUCCCAGAUGGGACCAGAUGCCCAUAUGAGGAUGAUACUAAGGAAACCUCCAAGUGAAAGAACAACAGAUGACUUGGAGAUAAUAUAUGAAGAGCUGCUCCAUAUAAAGGCCUUAGCUCACCUAUCCACUACUGUAAAAAGGCAACUUGCUGGAGUUCUCAUCUUUGAGUCUCAUACAAAGGCAGGGACAGUAUUGUUCAACCAAGGGGAGGAGGGCACAUCAUGGUACAUUAUUUUAAAAGGCUCAGUCAAUGUUCUCAUCUAUGGAAAAGGUGUUGUCUGCACACUUCAUGAAGGAGAUGACUUUGGGAAGCUGGCUCUUGUCAAUGACGCCCCCCGCGCCGCCUCCAUUGUGCUGCAAGAGGACAACUGUCAUUUCCUGAGAGUAGACAAAGAGGACUUCAACAGGAUUUUGAGGGAUGUGGAGGCCAACACUGUGCGUUUGAAGGAGCAUGGUCAGGAUGUUCUGGUGUUAGAAAAGAGCCUCAGCGGGAGUCGAACCUCCGUCCUUGGAUCUUCUGCGUCUCAUUACAAAUACAAGGUGAUGUCGGGGACGCCGGAGAAGAUUUUGGAGCACCUUCUUGAAAUGAUGCGAUUGGAUUCUCAGUUCACAGAGUCAGACUCAGCAUUAGAAGACUUUGUGCUUAUGCACUGUGUCUUCAUACCUAACAGUCAACUAUGGCCAGUGUUGAGAGCCCACUACCAUGCUCAGGCCUUGCAGGGCUCAGAACAAGAGAAGCUGGACUACACCUUAAACAACAAGCGCAGGGUGAUCCGCCUGGUCAUUCAGUGGGCUGCUGUACAUGGAGAUGACCUGCAGCAGGAAGACGUGGCCUUCCUUGAGGAGUUUCUCAUGGCGGUAUCUAUUGAUGCCAAAGUGCUUUCAGGCCUCAGGGAUCAGCUGACACAGUUGGAGAGAACUGUAAAGAGCAAUGUUGAAGAUGCCAUGUCAUCACAAAAAAAGCACAAAAUCCUGCUGCGGCAGUUCAGUAUGGGAGACGAGAAGCUUCAGAAACGUCAGCCCAUCAAAAGUAAUGAUGAAAUUCUGUUCAAAGUCUACUGUUGUGACCACACCUACACAACAAUCCGGGUCUCUGUGUCUGCCUCGGUCAGGGAGGUCAUCAGUGCCGUUGCCGACAAGCUGGGGUCAGCGGAGGACCUGAUGCUUGUCAACCUCAGUUCAGCAGGAGAGAAAGCUGUCUUCAAGCCAAAGGAUGUUUCAGUCUUCUCUACUCUCAGCAUAAAUGGACGACUUUUUGCCUGCCGCAGGGACCAGCUGGAUUCAUUGACCCCUUUACCUGAGCAGGAGGGUCCCACCACAGGUUCACUGGCCAGUUUUGAGUUGAUGAGCUCAAAGGAUGUGGCUCACCACAUGACUUCCUAUGACUGGGAGCUUUUCAACUGUGUUCAUGAGCUUGAACUCAUCUAUCACACAUUUGGGAGGCAAUGCGUCAGGAAAACCACUGUGAACCUGGAUCUGUUCCUGAGGAGGUUUAAUGAUAUUCAGUUUUGGGUGAUCACAGAGUUGUGUUUGUGUUCUCAGCUGAGCAAGCGAGUGCAGCUUCUCAAGAAGUUUAUCAAAAUCGCUGCUCACUGUAAAGAGUAUAAGAACCUAAAUGCCUUCUUUGCUAUCGUCAUGGGACUGAGUAAUCCAGCAGUGAGCAGGCUGAGUCAGACUUGGGAGAAACUCCCUAGUAAAUUCAAGAAGUUUUAUGUGGAAUUUGAAAACUUAAUGGACCCAUCCAGAAACCACCGGGCGUACCGACUGACAGUCGCUAAACUGGAACCUCCCAUCAUUCCUUUCAUGCCUCUGCUCAUCAAAGACAUGACAUUCACUCAUGAGGGCAACAAAACAUUUAUUGACAAUUUGGUCAAUUUUGAGAAAAUGCGGAUGAUUGCCAACACAGUGAAGAUAGUGAGAUACUGUCGGAGUCAGACAUUCAAUCCAGAUUCACCGCUGGCCAGCAAGAACCACCCCGACAUUUGGACUUACGUUCGUCAGCUCAGCAUGAUCGACAACCAAAGAACGCUAACGCAGCUCUCUCAUGGACUUGAGCCCCGCAGGUCUUGAAACCACUCAGGGACACAACUGUUACCCUCUGAUUCAGCUUCACAACAUGAUAUGCUGAGAUUUGUAUGAUUUUAUUCCAAUCCAGGCAAUCACAUGGAGCACUUAAUGAGGUAUCAGAUAAUGAGAUAUUGUUUCAGAUGCCUGUGGCUGACUUGGCCUUUUAUUAUUGUAAUUUGUGAUUUUUCAACAACAGUAAUUGUUGUGGGAUAAAGUACCUCUCAUAUCAGUGUCAUGCAGAUAUCACAUCAUAACGACUGGGGAAAUUAAGCAUUUUUGCUGGGGAUCUAAUUCAUUAGAUUAUUGGGGAAUAUUCCACUUGUAAACAAUAUGCUUUAAAAGUCUCAAUAUUCUUGAUAUUUGGUUGUUUUGUAUAUUUUUUUUUAUUGAAUAAUUUUUAUGAAUAUUUAGGUUCGCCCGAUUCUUAUGUGUUGUAAAUUGUAUACAGAUAUUUAUUUUGCCUUCAGCAUGCAGAUGAUUGGGAUAGCUUGGCUUUUAUUCAUGUCAACAUUUCCCUUUAAAUGCCAGAAACAUAAAAGGUCUGCAAAGCUUUUGUGUGCUGUAAUUGUUAAACAUAUUGCAUUUAUUUAAGUACUGUAAUAUCGUUACUGUUUUGUAAUAUUUUGUCUGCAAGCAAAGCAUGUCAACUUUUGUAAAUUUUAACUUUUAUAACGUGCAGUUUGAGUUCAUGUUGAAUGAAAUGGGUCUUGUUUUGAAAAUCUGUAUAUUUUGGCAUGAAGCCAUAACUAUAAUCAUUUCUAAACAUUUCCAUGUGAUUUGUUUAGCUGUGUAUAUCUUCUUUUAUUGAAACUGUGUGGGAUAUUUUAACCUGAGAAAAGUGAUGUGGUGUGGAGCACAAUAACUGGAACGGCAGAUAAAUAGAAAUAUAAAUGCCAAGGAUUUGUUUGGCUUCUUUUAAACUUUAAUGAUCUGAAUGUAUAUUUUCACAGUGCUAUCGAUUUUAAGCAACACAUCUGGUAUUUUUAUUCUUGCCUUAAACUGUUGAUUUUUCUCCUAAAGGUUAAAAGUUUAAGAAACCGAUGUUCAGUUUACACUUUGCAUCUCCACAACUUUUCAACUUUCUGAAAUGUAUUAUGUUGUUAAUAUUAAAUCUGGACAACCCAAGUUAUUA